AUGAAAUUUCUAACUAUAGGUGCUAGUCGUGUGGGUUUACCCAGUAAUCCCAGCAGUCGCAAGAGCUCAAUUUAUGAUUUGUCACAACAACAACAACAACAACAACAGCCAAUAGUGUUGCAUCAGUUGCCAGUGGGUAUAGGCAACACAGCCACCAGUCCACCUUCCGAUGAAGAAGACAAACGUUUCUCACCAAAAUGGAAGGGCAGUGGUGGUAAUUUACCACCUCCUACACCUAAACAGGCGCUCUCAAUGUUAAAACAAGCCUCAUCGGCUACCAAUGUAUCACAGGGUAUAAACGAACGACAAUACUAUUUGGGAACACAAGACAGUCCAAAACAUUUACGCAAGGGCAGCAUGUAUAAUCUAAAAGCCAACGAGAAUGUACAACGCAAGGGCAGUAUUUAUGCUAUGGCGGCCACAGAUACAACUAUGGGUACACGUCAACGCAAGAGUAGCAUGUUUAUAAGCAGUGCUAGUGAAGCGUACGAUAGCCCCGAAAUGUUACGUAAGAAUAGUGUUAUGCCUACGACUGACAACCCGUCCAUGAUGCGUAAACAGUGCAUGUAUCCGUCAUCAGUGAAUAGUAGUACAAAAAAUCUUACUUCACUUUCGGACUCUACCAGCAAUAUCUCAUCAUCGGUUUCAUCGACGAUCAGUGGUAUAGCAACUAGUUAUGGUCUACAAUUGGGACCGGGACAAAUUCAUCCCAAGGGUUAUCGUCUGAUAACCGAACGUCAUGGUGAACUUAAGAUGGGCUUUAGUAAAGUCAAGGGAACAGUAGAAGUUGAGAUUAUAUGUGCUCGUAAAAUAGUGCCCAUUGAUUGUGAAACUCCACCAGAUACUUAUGUUAAAUGCUAUAUAAAAGAUGGUGAUCGUUUGCGUCAUAAAAAGAAAACUCGUGUUGUCCGUCAUUCUGCUGAACCUUUCUAUAAACAAACCAUCAAAUAUCAGAGCGCCGAUGUCUUUGGACGUAAUAUUGUCAUAAUGGUGUGGCAACGAUGUGUUGGUUUUGAACACAAUCAAGGUUUAGGUGGUACUGAAGUUAAUUUGGAUAAAAUCAAUAUGGGACAACAUAUUGGUGGUUGGUAUCCAUUAUUUCCAAUGCAUUCAUUUGGUGGUUCUGAUUCGGAUAAUUCUCCUUGACCGAUUACGCCCAAAAAAAUAAAACAGACCAAUAUUAAUAAUAAUAAUAAUAAAACAACAAAUGCAACAGCAUCAUCAUCAAAGACAACAUCAACAACAAGUAAUAUAACAAAUACAAUAAAAUCAGCUGCUGUGGCUGCAGUAUCGACAGCAACUAAGAAAACACCAAUAGUUAUUAAAGAAAAUAUUAAAGGGAAAAAUACAAUUUACUGUACCAAAGGUAUCAAUGAUUUAAUGAAUUUUUUCAAAACAAUAUUUAAAUGUAAACAUUUUAAUAGUUUUAAUGAACAUUUAUCCACAUUUGGCACAUUUGAGGAGUGUGUUUAAAUAACUAAUACUAUAUAGUAUAAGAAGAUAACUUGAAAAAAGGUGUUUUUAUAAAAGUAAAAACAAAGAGGGAAGGAAAGCG